AUGUCUUUCCCACGGCGACCUUUCAAAAGUCGCGAGAAUGAAGAAAGCGUCGACGCAAAUUCGGGCCAUGAGUCGGACGUUACCGAUGGGAGCCUUCACUAUGUGGUCGAGAAAGGCGGAAACGACUCGGGCCCGUCGUACCAGGAGGCAACGGGUGCCCCAGUUGAGACGAGUUCGCCGUUAGGUUAUGCUGUCGGGCCCGUCACCAUCGUCUUUCUCAACGUGAGCAAGAUGAUUGGAACUGGUGUCUACUCCACUCCUUCCGCCAUCCUGAAGGGCACUGGUUCAGUAGGGCUGAGUAUGAUCUACUGGGCCCUGGGAUUCCUGACCUCGAUCGCCUCCUUUUCAGUAUACCUCGAAUUCGCUUCGUACUUUCCAAACAGGUCCGGCUCCGAGGUGGUCUAUCUGGAACAGGCAUAUCCGCGACCGAAGUGGUUGUUUCCCACGGCAUUCGCCUUCCAGUCUGUGGCACUGUCUUUCAGCAGUGGCAAUGCUAUCGUCCUUUCUCAGUAUUUGUUCAAAGUAGCUGGGUCGACUCCAGGGCCUUGGCAGUUGAAGGGUGUGGCGGUGGCUGGAUACACUGUCGCCACAUUAGUUGCUGCUUUGCACAAUAACUUCGCUUACCAGUUCUCCAACGGAGUCGGCGCCGUCAAGCUUCUGACGCUUGUCUUCAUUGCCAUCACUGGAUUGGUUGUACUAGGAGGCCACACCAAAGUCCCUGAGCCGCAUGCAAACUUCGAGAACUCAUUUGAUGGUCAAGCGACGGCUUACGGCUUGACAAAUGCUCUUUACCGAAUCAUUUUCUCGUAUGCCGGUUUCGAGAACGCCUUCAAUGUCGUAAAUGAGGUUAAGAACCCAGUGAAACAAAUCAGGAAGUACGGGUGGAUUUCUCUUGGCAUUGUGACUAUCCUCUACAUCUUAGCCAACAUUGCCUAUUUCGCCGCCGUACCGAAAGCGGACUUGGCAGCAGCCGAACAGAUUGCAGCAAGUCUGUUCUUCACCAACGUUUUCGGUUCCAGCGGUGCGGUCAGGGGGCUCAAUUUCCUCAUUGCCUUGAGCUCCUUCGGCAAUCUCUUGACGGUGCUGAUUGGAUCUUCCCGCAUGUUACGAGAAUGUGGAAGACAGGGUGUUCUGCCCUAUCCUCGGUUCUGGGCGUCCACAAGACCUUUCGGCACGACCCUGGGUCCUUAUCUCGUCAAAUACAUCUUGACUAUUAUCAUGAUUGUCGCUCCUCCCGCCGGCGACGCUUUCAAUUUUAUCGCCGAUCUCCAGGUCUACCCUUCCGCAUUCUUCGGUUUCGUCAUGUCAGUGGGGCUCUACGUCGUGCGCUGGCGUCGCAGUCGCCUCAAUCUUCCUCCGCCUGAGUUCAAAGCAUGGGAGGUCAUUAUCAUCUUCAACAUCGCAAAGGACUUGUAUCUCCUCAUCAUGCCUUGGUACCCCCCUGAGGGUGGCGUGUUUGCCGGCGAUGUGAGCUUCUGGUAUGCCACAUACGUCGUUGCCGGCAUCGGCAUUCUUCUUGGCUGUGGUGUGUACUACUGGCUUUGGAUCUACGUGGUCCCGAAAGCGAGGGGCUACCGUAUCAGGCAGCAGGUCUUGGAGCUGGCCGACGGCGCUCAGAGUCACAAGCUUGUCAAAGUCCCGGUUGCCGACUUAGCUGAAUGGGAUGCCACGCACGAUCACGUUGGACGGCCGCUGCAACAAGUUCCAAGUGUUCCAGGAUCCGAGGAAGAAAAGAAGCCAGUAGCUGUGUGA